GAAGCCAGACUUCACAUCUCGCAGCAGAACUGCCAGAUCCUAGUGUGUAUGCAUGUGCACACGCCUGCGCGUGUGUGUGUGUGUGCUCCGUGUCUAUCUCCACUCCUCUUUCACCCUCCUCCCUGCCAGCAUCAACCCUCUCUCUCCAUCAGGGAUGGUGAGGGAGUGUUUAUGAGCAUGUGCUGCGAAUCGCACGGAAUGAUGGAGGACCAACAGCUCCCUGGAUAAACCCUGCAGACUAAAACAACACCCCCAACCCAAAUCAUGCACUUAAGGUGGGUGGAAACAUGUAGCUGAGGAACAAACAGAAGCCAAUCUUGACCGUUCACAAACUCAGGUCAUCCCUGAAAGGGGCGUGGCCUGUGGAGUACAGCCCAAUAUGUCCAAGAAAGCCCCCGGUGGGCGGGGCAAAGGGGAGCGGCCUGACGCCAUGGCAGCACUGCAGGCAGCCAAUGAGGAGCUGAGGGCCAAACUCAUGGAAAUCCAAAUUGAACUGCAGCACGAGAAAACCAAGGUCAGUAAGCUGGAAAGGGAGAAGUCUCAGGAGGUCCGUCAUGAGCAGCACAAAACCACGGUGGUUGUGACCGAGUUAAAAGCCAAACUUCACGAAGAGAAACUUCGGGAUCUGCACGCCGUUCGGGAAACGCUCCUACGUCAGCACGAGUCUGAACUGGUACGGGUCAUUAAGAUCAAAGACGGAGAGAUUCAGAGGCUCCAGGCGCUCGUCGGUGCACUCCGAGAUGGAUCCACCGAAAAGGUGAAGUCUGCUCUGAUGACGGAGGCCCGCGAGGAGACCAGGAGGAGUUUCGAAGUGGAGCGCAUGCGAAUGCAGCAGGAGAUCUCUGAGCUGAAGGGGGUGAAAAGGCAAAUGGAGGAGGCAUUAAGCAUGGCCGUGCAAGCGGACAAAAUCAAAGCCGCCGAGAUCCGCAGCGUCUACCAUCUCCACCAGGAGGAAAUCAACCGCAUCAACAGAGAGUGUGAAAGAGAGAUCCGCAGGCUGAUGGAUGAGAUUAAACUAAAGGAGCGCGCUGUCUGUGGGCUGGAGAGAGAGCUCAACGCUCAGGCGGGCCACACGUGGAAACUACAGCAGCAGAAACAGGCUGUAGACUCUCAGCUGGCCCUGCUGCGAGACUCCAGCCCCAGACGAGAGGGCCCUUUCUCACCCGCUGCAGGAGACACAGCAGAGAGCACGGCUAACCCUAUACAGCACUUGGAUGAGAAGGAUGCUCGGCGUUUCCAACUGAAAAUUGCAGAACUGAGUGCUAUCAUCCGCAAACUUGAGGACCGUAACGCACUGCUGUCAGAGGAACGCAAUGAACUGUUAAAGCGUCUCCGUGAAGCUGAGAGCCAGUAUAAGCCGUUACUGGACAAGAACAAACGUCUCAGCCACAAAAAUGAGGAACUGGCUCAUGUAUUGAGACGCAUGGAGAACAAACUGCAUUUCGUCACUCAGGAGAACAUUGAAAUGGUAAUGAAGCAGAAAACAACUCGAGAGAAGGCUGGGACGAUACGACGGCCCAGUUCUCUGAACGAUCUGGAUCUGAGUCAAGACGAGAGAGAGAUUGAGUUUCUGAGACUACAAGUGCUGGAACAACAGAACAUAAUCGACGAUCUGUCCAGGGCGCUGGAAACCGCUGGAUAUGUGAAGAGUGUGAUAGAGAGAGACAUGCUGCUGAGAUACAGAAGACAGGACAGCCUGCGCAGGAAGAAGCCCUUCAGAAGGCCGGUGGUGGAGACGUUUUUUGGCUAUGAUGAGGAAGGCUCUAUAGACUCGGACGGCUCCUCCAUUUCCUACCACACGGACCGAACGCCCUGCACUCCAGACGAUGACCUCGAAGAGGGAAUGGUAAAGGAGGAGACGGAGCUGCGUUUCCGUCAGCUGACGAUGGAGUAUCAGGCUCUUCAGCGCGCUUACGCUCUCUUGCAGGAGCAGGUGGGAGGAACAUUUGAUGCAGAGAAAGAGCUCAAGACUCGAGAGCAGCUUCAGGCCGAAAUGUUGCGGUACCAGACCAGAAUAGCAGAUCUGGAGUGUGUUCUGAGUCACCAGGGACAGGACAUGAAGUGGAUUGAAGAGAAACAAGCUUUGUACCAACGCAACCAAGAGCUUGUAGAAAAGAUUAAAAAUAUGGAGAUGGAGGACACGCGACUGAAAAAUGAAAUUCAGGAUGCGAAAGACCAAAACGAACUCUUGGAGUUCAGAAUUCUUGAGCUUGAGGAAAGAGAGAGAAGAUCUCCAGCCAUAAACUUCCAAAGCAUUCAUUUUGCCGAGGGCAUGAGUCCUCUACAGAUCUACUGUGAGGCAGAAGGUGUUACUGACAUUGUGAUCACAGAGCUGAUGAAGAAACUCGAUAUUCUGGGGGAUAACGCCGUAAGUAAUCUGACCAAUGAGGAGCAGGUGGUGGUUAUUCAUGCCAGAACUGUAUUAACUUUAGCAGAGAAGUGGUUAGAGCAAAUCGAAGUCACCAAGUCAGGGUUACAGCAGAAAAUGUUGGAUAUUGAAAGUGAAAAGGAGCUCUUUAGCAAUCAGAAAGGAUACUUAGACGAGGAAUUAGACUACAGAAAGCAGUCUUUGGACCAUGCACAUAAGCGUAUCCUCGAGCUGGAGGCGAUGCUGUUCGACGCUUUGCAGCAUGAUGAGACGAGCGGUAAGGUGUCCGAGAUGCUGACCGAGCAGGACCGUGAUUCGCUGAGGGAAGCUGUCGAUCAGUGGAAGAGGCAGGUCUUGAGUGAAUUACGAGAGCGAGAUGCGCAGAUACUCAGAGAGAGGAUGGAACUGCUACAACAUGCUCAAGCGAGGAUAAAAGAGCUGGAAGAGUGGAUUGAGACACAGAAACGACAGAUAAAGGAAUUAGAAGAAAAGUUUUUAUUUUUAUUUUUAUUUUUUUCUUUAGCCUUCAUUCUUUGGUCGUAGCUCUGCCAGAAAGCAGGAAAUCGUGUCAUCAGAUCAGUGGACCCUGGCCUCAAGUGUUCUUCUGUCCCGGAGGAGGAGCGACACACACGUGCCAUCAGGGGUCUCAGCGAUCUCCUCUGUGCUGAUACGAGUCUUCAAGCUGUUCACAUCAACUCUGGAACAUGGAAUAUGGUGCUGUCUCUCUUGUGGACUUCUAAACUAUUUUUAUCCUCCUGACCUUUUGAACUAUGCUUUGUGUGAGCUCUUUGCGUGUGGAAUUUAAGGACUCUUAAAUUGAAGUGCUCUCUCCUUUCCCUGCUGAGCAGGUGGUGCUGGAGGCUGCUUCCCUUUGGAAGCCUGAUGGAUUGAGAGAUGUUACGUUAAAAACCUUCCUCCCACUGUUUACACUCACUCUGCUUGGGUUCCCGGUGGCACUAGCCCUCCCUCCUGAGCUGAAAGUUAAAUCCUGAAAUUAAAAUUAUGACUGUUUUUUUAAUGUACAGGAGCAGUGUUUCAAAUAAAUUUCUCAGAGGAAGACUGAAAAACUAA